GCCUGAUCCCGAUUUCCCGGUGGCUCCCCAUGUGGCCUGAGUUUCCCUCCGGCUGCACUGAGAGGGUUGGAAAGUGGGAUGGAAGGGCUUCAUAAGCGACCCCACAUCUCCCCUGGCCUCUCUCCCACCUGGAGGAGGUCUGCCCUGUGCCUUCAGAGGGAAAAGAGACGCUGAGUUCACAAGAGACGGCCGACUCCUCCUUGUCAGGAAGUCACCCCCCUAGGGUCGCCUCCCUGCCUUCCACCUGGGUUGUCUCCUGCAUCCUGCGUCAGCACCUUGUUCACUCCCGGCUUCUGCUCCCAGCCUCAGGAAUGGGCGCUCCAUCCCCAUUUCUCACCCAGAGGGGCUCCAAGGAAGCCGGGCUUGGCCACGCUACUCUGACUGCUCCUGCCUUGCCUUCCUGCUGACUUGUCUUGGUCUGACUUUCUCACCAGCUGUUUCAUCCAGUUUUACUACCCUUCCCUUCCCAAGGCCCAAGACUCAGGACAGAACUGGAGGUGGGAAACUGGGGGAACUCAAGACGGAGCCAGACGCUGACAGCAGAGGGGACGCUGACAGAGGCAAAAAUCUGCUAACGCAGAGGGCAGACUCAACCAGGGCUGUGAGCGGGCCUGGGGAAUGACCCCUGAUCGUGAAACGGCACCUUCAGCAGCUGCACAGCUGUCCCAGACGGCAUCUGCCUCCAUCCCUCGCUCCUGCCCUGGGCCUUCUCACACCACAUCUUCCCUGUGCCCCAUGGGCAUUCUGUCUCUGAAAAGGGCCAUGCGUCUCUGGCUUUGGGGGCCUCGGAGCCUGCGGGUGGCUCUGGGGGUCUUCAUGACCAUUGGAUUUGCCCUCCAGCUCUGGGGGGACCCCUUCCAGAGAAGGCAAUCUGGGCCCCAGGCAUCCCUGGGUCCGCCUGCUCGGUCCUGCCCACCCCACCAGCGGCUCGUGUUCCUGAAGACGCAUAAAUCUGGGAGCAGCUCCGUGCUGAGCCUGCUUCAUCGCUACGGGGACCGGCACGGACUGCGCUUUGCCCUCCCCGUCCGCUACCAGUUCGGCUACCCAAAGCUUUUCCAGGCCUCCCGGGUCAAAGGUUACCGCCCCCAGGGUGGGGGCACCCAGCCCCCCUUCCACAUCCUCUGUCACCACAUGAGGUUCAACCUGAAAGAGGUACUUCGGGUCAUGCCCUCUGACAGCUUCUUCUUUUCCAUAGUCCGAGACCCGGCAGCUCUGGCCCGCUCUGCCUUCUCCUACUAUAAAUCCACCUCUUCCGCCUUCCGCAAGGCUCCCUCUUUGGCUGCCUUCUUGGUCAAUCCUCGAGCCUUCUACCGGCCUGGGGCUCACGGGGAUCACUAUGCCCGCAACCUGCUGUGGUUUGACUUUGGCCUCCCCUUUCCUCCAGAUAUGAGGACCAAGAGGGGGAAUCCUCAUUUCCCCAAAGACCCCACCCCUCCACGACUGCAUGUCUUGCCUUUGGAUGCUGACCCUCAAGCCCAAGCGCCGGAUCCCAGUGCUCUCUACCAUCCUGCUCCCACUGUUGCUAAACUUUGGAGCCAGAUGUCCAGCCCUGCCUCUUUAGAUCUGGGGUCAUCAUCCUUCAUCCAGUGGGGUCUGGCCUGGCUAGACUCCAUCUUUGACCUGGUCUUGGUGGCAGAGUACUUUGAUGAGUCCUUGGUUCUGCUGGCAGAUGCACUGUGCUGGGGUCUGGAUGACGUGGUAGGCUUCAUGCACAACGCCCAGGCUGGGGGGGAGCGGGGCAUCCGUGCCAUCAGGAGUGCUGGGCUGCCUGAGGAGGAUGGGCAGCUGACUGCACGAGCUCGAGCCUGGAACAACCUGGACUGGGCUCUCUAUGUUCACUUCAACCGCAGUCUGUGGGCACGGAUAGAACAAUACGGCCAGAGCCGGCUGGAGAGUGCAGUGGCAGAACUCCGGGCUCGCAGAGAGACCCUGGCUAAGCAUUGUCUGGCAGGGGGCCAGGCUUUAGACCCCAAAUACAUCACUGACCAUCGGCUCCGCCCCUUCCAGUUUGGCUCAACUAAGGUUAUGGGCUAUUUACUUCGCAGUGGAUUGAGCCUCCAAGACCAAGAGGAGUGUGAGCGCCUGGCUACCCCUGAGCUACAGUACAAGGACAAGCUGGAUGCCAAGCAGUUCCCCCCCCCAGUCUCACUGCCCCUCAAGUUUCCAAGGCUACUGUCCCCAUAGGCUUCAGACUGCAUAUUUAGGCUAAAGAGCAGCUAAGUUAGAAGGCACAUAUGAAUCUGAAGCACCCCAGAUGCAAUAUCUGCUUUCUUCAGAAGGGAUGUCUGGAAUUUGCCCUGGUGCAGGCCCCGAGUCUUCCAGCCUUUGCCUCGGAAUCCCAGUCGUUCAGCAACCAGCAGCGUGCCCCCUCUCCAUUUUGCCCCAUCCAGUAUCCAGCCUCCAUGGCAGGUCUGUGUAGCACUCUCAAAAGCCCCCUGGAGGGGUAAAUGAUGAAGACAGCAAGAGAAAAUUUGAGGUGUCGUGGGAUGGAAUAAUACGUCCAUUUCUCUAUGAAAUAUUUGUUAUUGGGCUAUGUUCAUUUCACUAUGAAAUGGUUGUCGAUUGAAUAAAUAAUUUGAAACCCC